AGUCCAAUCUGAGUAAAAUCAAGGGCUCUUUGAUCGAUCUUCAAGAUGGAUUCCAAUAUGUUUUCAAGUUUUGUGAGAAUUCUGAGAGAAUCCCAUGUCAUUCUUCUGAAAAACAGAAGCCUUAUGGCCUCCAUCGCCAUACUUAUGCUCGUCCUCCACUCUUUCCUCGUCUCAUGCAAAUUCUUCUUCCUUAGGCUUUUAUUGAAAGAUUUUGCCAUGAAAGAAACUCGUCUGUUCUUCACAAGCCCAGACAGUUCUCAGUACACCAACCUUGUUACUGCUGUCACAGCAGAUGUUCGCUUGCUUGCAGCACUUGGAUGGUUCUUCGUUCUUGCCCUCUCCAUGGCCUCCUUAUUCCAAGCAGCCACUGCUGUCUUAGCCACAGCUAUAGCUCAUGGAAAAGGAAACUUGUCUUUCAGAGAUUUGCUGUCAAGAGUAUUCAAACCAUGUAAAAGGCUAAUCAUCACUUGGUUCUACGUAUCUGUCUUUGAUCUUGGUUAUCUAGUCCUUGUGUCCAUGUCCAUUUUCACGUUCACAGUGAAUUUCGCUUCUCCAUAUCGCCCGACAACGUUUGUUUAUGUCAUUUUGAUUCCGGUGUUAGCUUUUCUGAUAUUCCUCGCAGUUGUUUGGAGCAUGUCUGUUGUGAUUUCAGUUCUUGAAGAGAAAAGUGGACUUGAGUCAAUUGGGAAGGCUUCACAGAUUUUGAAGGGAUUGAAGGGACAAGGGUUUCUGCUAAAUCUUGUAUAUGGGGCAAUUGCUUUGAUGGUUCAUAUCUGGUGGUACCUGGUGACAAAAAAGAAAGGAACUUAUGAUUCACUGUUUCUGGCGUUAAUUUUGGUGAAUGUUACUUGUCUCAUUAAGAUGUCGCAUAUGAUGGCGUUCACAGUGUUUUACCAUAUCUGCAUGUUCAACCAUGGUGAAGAGGUUGAAUUGCAGGGAAGCUUGGAAUAUACUAAGUUGCCCAAUGAACCGAUGCUUAUUGGAGCAGGAGCACCAUAAGGAACAAAGUUAUUUUAAUUUCUCUAAUUACGUAUUUUAUUUGGUCGUUGUUUCCUUCAGUGCAAGAACAUUUUCUUUUGUUUCCAGACACGCUGUUUGAUACUGGCUUUAUCAUCUCACAAUAAGACUGUGUGUAGUAAAUGAUAUAUACUUAUGUUCUGUCGUCUAAGCCUUUAAGGCGUGGGUCUAAUUCUACAAGAAGAACGUUCAUUUUAUUUUAUUUUUU